GCUCUGCUUCCCUUUCUCUGCAGGGUGAUUGCGGCUGAACUUUAGCACCAAUUCCAGUCACCUAAGCGGUGUAAUAUAAACAUUAGAGCUGUCAUGUGACCUGUGCACAGCCCUUGCUUGUUGUGACAUAUGGGGCGGGACAGGGGCGCAGAACGGGGCGGGACAUACAGCCACAUAAAUAGUCGUGGAAGGUUCUACUUAGAGUCAGUCAAGUGAAGUGCUGGGUGAUUGCGGCUUCUGUAUAACUGCACUGUGUCAGGCUUCCGAAAUGACCGGAUCAGAGAAGUGUUUGGCAAAAGGCUGCCCAGCUCCAGGCCCAGUCCCUGAAGGAACAAUUCGUGUGUACAGCAUGAGAUUCUGCCCAUAUGCCCAGAGGGCAAGGCUUGUCUUGGCUGCCAAAGGAAUCAAGCAUGAAGUAAUCAAUAUCAAUCUGAAGAACAAGCCAGAUUGGUUCUUUGAGAAAAGCCCAUUUGGCCUGGUACCAUCUCUGGAGACCAGCAAUGGCCAGGUGAUCUAUGAAUCUCCAAUUGUGUGUGAUUAUCUGGAUGAGGUUUAUCCUGGGAAGAAGCUGACCCCUGCAGACCCAUUCCAGAAAGCUCAACAAAAGAUGACGCUGGAACAUUUCUCCAAGGUCACCACUGUGCUGUAUAAGAUAAUGGGUGCCAAGAAAAAUAACGAAGACCUAUCCACUGUGAAAGAAGAACUCCAGGAGAAGUUGCUUAAGCUUGAUGAGAUCCUGGCUAAACAAAACAGCCUUUUCUUUGGUGGAAGUGAGGUCUCUAUGGUUGACUACAUGAUUUGGCCCUGGUUUGAACGGCUCAUCAUUUUUGAUGCGAAGGAUUGUUUGAAUAAAACCACACACAUUGAUAAGUGGUAUCAACAGAUGCUGCAGGAUCCAGUGGUCAAGGCAAUAUAUAUUGAACCAGACGUCAUGUUAGGCUUUUUUAAGCUGUACAUCCAGGGAGAUCUGGAGGCUUAUGAUUAUGGUCUCUAACCACCUUCCUGACAUGUUUUGUACCAAGUCGCUGAUUGGGAAAUUCUUUUGCACUUCCACCUUGCACCAAUUUUUAAGAACCCAAUAAAGGUGCCUUUAAGCCUA